GCGGUUGUGAUCAGUGGGCGACUCGAUCGACGGCAGCGGCUCACAUUUCUGGCCUUGGGGCCAUCUGAGCAAGUUGUGAAGGCGUUGCUACCACAGCACGGCCAGUGGUUUUGGGUUGAUACUUGGUCCAAAGCCGUGCUCAUCCAGUGCUGGACCACGGACUGACAUCAUGGGCAAGAAGGAAGAUGGUGAAUUGCUCAAGGCUGCUGCCUCGGGAGAUCUGCAAAAGCUGAUGGGCAUUCUCACGGGUCAAGUCAAGCCUUCCCUGUUGGGGUCGAUCAAAAAGCGCCGCCCUCAAGAAACACACAAGGCCGUACAUCUCAAGGACCACAAUGGCCAGCUGAUUCCACAACAAGCCGCGCCCAGUGUGCGCAUGGAUGUGCGCGAUGAAAAUGGCAACACUGCACUCAUCAAUGCCGUCCUUGCUGGACACAUUGAUGUUGUGGAGAUGCUGCUCGCUUUCGGUGCCAACGUCAAUGCCCAAGACUCGCAAGGCAACACCCCCCUACACAUGGCAGCAUGGCAGGAACGUGCAAGCAGCAGUGACAUUGCCGAGUUGCUGAUGAAGCUCAACGCUGAUCCCAACAUCAUCAACAACUCUGGCGCCUCGCCUCUUCAUCAUGCC